UUCCAAUAAAACACCAUCUAUAUCACUCAAAUGCUUAGAUUUAAUUACCGAAAUAAAACUUUUUAUUUAUCAUUUUAUUUGCACUAGAUUUAUCUAAUUCGUAUUUUGUUGAUUAAAUAAAUGUCUUCGAUUUACUAAGAUGAAUUAUUUACCAGGAACCGCGAGUUUAAUUGAAGAAAUUGACAAGAAAUUGUUGGUUGUGUUGAGAGAUGGUAGAACUUUGAUAGGAAUUUUACGGAGUAUAGAUCAGUUUGCAAAUUUAGUGCUACAUAGAACAAUAGAAAGAAUACAUGUAGGGAAAAAGUAUGGGGAUAUACCUCGUGGAAUCUUCAUUGUGAGAGGAGAAAAUGUCGUACUUCUAGGGGAAGUGGAUUUGGAGAAUGAAAACAAUUUACCAUUAGAUGAAGUGCCAAUAGAUGAGAUAUUAGAAAUGCAGAGAGAGGAACAGAUACAGAAACAGAUGGAAGAAGAAAGGAAAAAGAAGGCAUUGAUUGACAGAGGGAUGAACCCAAUUAGUGAAUACACGGAUGACAUGUACUAAACUUUAAAGGUGUUACGUUUCUACCACCAGAUGUGUUAAGAUAGAUUUGUGGGUGAUGCUUUACUCAGCUGCUGUCUGUAAAGAUAUAGUUCAGAUAUUUUUACUGGCUAUUUUCAGUGCUCAUAAAUCAGAGAUAAUUUAUUACUGGGCAUUCUUAGUGAAUUCAUAAAUCCAUAAUCUGUUUUAAGACAGACAGUGUUUUCAAGUCUUUUGUCUUUAUUUGAUGGGUUUAGUCAAGUCAAGGAAUUUAUUGUUUAUUUUACCACAUUUUGUAUCUUUUUUUAGCUCACAUGAGCCAAAGGCUCAUAGUGAGCUUUUGUGACCGCUCAUUGUUCAUCAUCGGUCGUCAGUCGUGUAUUGUCUGUCUGUCAACAUUUUCUAAAACUAAAAAAAUCUUCUUGAAAACCACUGGGUAGAAUUACACUAAACUUCACAGGAAUGAUCCUUGGGUGGCCCCCUUUCAAAAUUGUUCAAAGCAGAACUCUGAUUGCCAUGGCAACCAAAAGGAAAAACUUUUAAAAUCUUCUUGUCCAAAACCGCAAGGCGUAGAGCCUUGAUAUUUGGCAUGUGACAUUAUCUAAUGGUCCUCUAUGAAGAUUGCUCAAAUUGUGCCCCUGGGGUGAAAAGAGGCCCCAGCUGGGGGUUCACAAGUUUGAAAUUUGGAUGACAUUACAGUUUUGCACACCGAUCUUAAAACUGACUUUCAGUGACCAUGAAUGUGACCUACUUUCUAAUAUUUUAGCAUCAGUUUGCCAUUUUAAACAUGUGGCUGAUAUUACUCAGGUGAGCGAUUCAGGUCAUCAUGACCCGUUUGUUCACAUGAGAGGACAGUUGUUGCUUUCACUUAAUUCAUUGAUUUGUUAAGAUUUUAUUUUUGAAACUUUCCAUUUCCUAAAAAUGUAUUUCUGGAGGGUACUUUACUAAGAUUUGACAGACAUGCAUUUAUAGACAUUUAUCUUUAUUAUGGUGUUUUUGUUUAAGAAAUAAUAUAUCUCAUCGGUGAUUUGUCGCUGAAUAAUUCACUGUUUGGAGUUCAGAUGAGAAGGAAUUAUAUCGCGAGGGCGCAGCCCGAGUGAUAUAAUGCUAUGCAUCUGAACGACAAACAGUGAUUUAUUCAAGAGCAAAUCACUAAAUGAGAUAUAUUAUUUCAAUUCUAACACGUUAUUAAGGACUUUAAAGUACAUCCUAAGGAUGAUCCUUGUCGGCAUGCAUUAAAUAUUUGCCCGUUUUCAAUCGGGUUCUUUUCCAGCGUGCCGCUACGCCGCUUGAUGCUAUGACGUAAUAAUUGUGACGUCAGAACAGUGAAUUGUUGUUUAAUAAUUCACUGUUUCCAGCCUUCUUUGUUUAAUAGGAAAAUGAAUCGGAUCGUGUUAGAAUAUAAAAUCUGUGCAUUUUAAGUGCUAUAUAUACAUGAUGUUAUGUUUAGUGUACAAAUGUGAUCUUUCAAAAACUGAUUUUUUAAGUCAGUUCAAGAGUUCCUUUUUAAAAGUAACAUUGAUAAGUUUGUUGAGUAAUGCUUUUCAACAGAUGAAAAUGGAGUAGCUUUCUUACAGUUUGAAUCACUGGUAACCAUAGACAUUCAUAUCAAAUCUCUACUUCUCUGUUUCUGUCUGUGCCAAGGUUACCUCCCCUGACUGUUUAAAAUUAAAGAAGGGACACUUUCUGUAUAUUUUUUUUAUAGUAGGUAUCAAGUUAAAUGAAUAAAUUAAUGAAGGAUUAUUUUUACAAUUCAGAUGUAGAAAAAGAAUAGUUUCUUACUGAGAUGAUAGUGUUAUUUGAAGGCUUUCAGAAGGUACAAAAUGUUCACAGUCAAAUAACCACAUUUAAGAAGUUUUAUUCCCUCAAUCGUGCGAAGGGAAAUUAAAUGUUUUUGUGUUAAUCUCAUAAGAGACAUUUACUUAAACAUGUUGCAUUUUUUCUGUACAUGUGGACAUUUACAUGUAUUUGCAAUAAAAUUACAAAAACUG